CAUUCAAAAUAUUUAUAUAUAAGAGAUUAUGAUUCUGUAGGCCUAUGUAAAAUUAAAUUAACGAGAUAUAAAACUUUAGGUGAGGGAACAAUGACUUAUUAGUACAAUUUCUUAGAUUCCGAAGCUUUACAGAAUACCAAUAUCCAGAUAGUGGAUGAAAUUCUGGCUCUCCAGUUUUUAUUUCGUCUUUAUUAUGUUUUAUUAUGAUGAUUUUACCAGAGUUUAAUCCAAGAAUUUCGACCUUUUAAGCCAAAUUGAACGCACCAUCCCUCCAGCAGCUUUCAGUCGCUUUUUAACAAAGUAACCAUAGCAACCAACACUGUGCAUUGCCUACUUCGUGGACCAUUAGAACCGAAAAGUUUUGACUAUUUUUACCGGAUAUUUACUGUCAGAAACAACCAAAUGUUACGUUACGGUUUUGUUUCAGUUAGAAAAUAGUUUCCUAGCCGCCAUACACGGCGUUUUAAAGGUGAACCAAAAGAGUUUUUCAGCAAAGUUUCGGGUAACCGACUGUUUUGUAGCAAUAAGCGGCAGCUCCGGUAGCUCCGGUAGCUCCUCCUCUGUCCCGGGAUGGAUUUGGGACAAACUGCGAGCCGGGAGAAUACGGAAAUUCCCGGGAUAAAUCUGAGUGCAUCGUUUAAGAUUAAAAACGUCCAGGAGGCCUCUCCUAAAAGUCUGGACCUCAUGAAGAUUCUUUAUCUUCUUCAGAAUCCUCUGACGAGCAACCUGACAGGGAGGCACCUGUUUGUCCUGAGGAAGAUCCUGAAGAGGAACAAGUUCGGCUUCCAUUUAAGGGAGCUUGCAGAUAUAGCCCAGAUAAUUGACAUCUGUGCUGAGAAAGUGAUCGAGCGUCCCAAAUAUGCAUCCUUUCUGUGCGAAGUUCUUAAAAUCAGCAGGAUUCCCUUCCUGAAGGAGAAAGUGUCCGAUGACCUGAUCUACGCUCAGGACGCCAUAAACUUCCUCUCCUGCUUGGGUCGUCUGAUGAAGAUCCCGAAUCCUGACAUUCAGGAGCACGUCGUGGAAAUGGUCCAGUCGUUUUUCAGCUCUGAGGCGUUCAAGAUUCUGCCUGAAGAUAGCCAGACCAUCUCUCCGGUCUACCGGCUGCAGCUGGUGGAGCGCAGCGACCUUCCCAAGUUGCUGGUUGAGUCCGUUGCCGCGCUGCAGAACCAGCCGUUCAUCAAGCUGCAGCUGAUGGAAACCCUGCAGCUCCUCUGCAGCUCCUCUGACCUGAACUGCAGGUCGAUGCUGGACGCAGGAGCAGCGCAGAUCGUGUGUCUGCACAUGAACGGAGGCGACCUGCCGGGCCGGGUCCUGUCCAGCUCCUCGGAGAUCCUCUGGACGCUGCUGGACAGCAGCGGCCGGGACGACGCCGUGGCUCAGCUCUGCAGCCUCGACUGCGUGGUGUCUCUGAAGGAAGCGUUUUCAUCCGUCCUGGCGCUCACAUCCCAGGGCUUCGACCUCCAGCUCAGGAACUACCUGCUGGUGUUCACAUCUCUCAUUGCAGAAAAUCCAAACUGUCCGCUCGUGGAGAGUUUAUUUGCCAAACAGCUGCUGGGCUACAUCACACUUCCAGAACUGGAGAUCUCUUCAGCGCAGAAACUCACCCACAGCAAAGAAGACCUGAAGAUGAAGAAGCUGCUGCUGAAUCUGCUGAUUUUGUUGUCCAGAAACGUUGGUGCUGUCCAGCUUUUCAGAGAGGAGCUGGUCAUGGUGAGCCUGCUGCGGUUUGUAAAUCCGCCUGAGAAGCAGCCGCCUUCGCCUCAGCGCGCCAUCCUCAGCCAGCAGGAGGAACUGCAGCUGCAGGCGCUGGAGACGCUGGUCAGCAUCGCGCCGGUCAUGCUGCAAGACUACAUGAGCUGCCAGGGGAACACGCAGCUGCUGCUGCUGCUCGACUGGUGCUGCGAUGCCAGAGACAGGUGGAAGCAGCAGAUGCAGCGCUGCAUCAGAGUCCUGCGCGCCGUCACGUCUCUGGGGGAGCAGUCCGUCAACCAGGACCUCAGCGACCAGGGAGCCAUCCACCAGCUUCUGGGGAUUAUAAUCCAGCUGGAAGCCGAUUGUGACGAGGGCGAUGUGGUAACCAUAGAGAUGAUGUCGAACAUCCAGCUGAUCCUGUCAGCGCUGUGUGAGACCGACCUGCACAGAAAGGAGCUGUUUGGGUCCGAGGGAGUGGAAAUGGUCGUACAUUUCCUGAAGAAAGGUGCGAAGAACUUCUACAGCGGUUUGGGAUACAACAAGCUGCUGAUCUCCACCAUCGACUGCGUGUGGUCCUGCAUCAUCGGCUGCUGCAUCACAGAAAACGAGUUUCUGUGGAAGGACGGCGCCGGCCUGCUGAUGGAUUUGCUCCGCUCCAGCCCCAGGUGUGUGCACAGCAUCAUCCUCUCCAUCCUGCUGGACCUGUGCAACAACCCCAACACCCGGCCGCUGGUCCUGGGCUGGAGGGACGCCGACGGCCUCACGGCCCCCGGAGUCCUGCUGCAGCUCUGGAGGGAGGAAGAGGAGGAGCUGGGCGUCCUGCGGGACAAAAACGGAGGAAUUGUUGAUCCGGAGAAGCCACUUCUGACCCGUUUCCAGGACGAGAUCUGCAACCUGACGUUUCCGGCCAACGCGCCGUCCGCAGCCGUCCUGGAAACCAUGGAGAGCCUGCGAGGGAAGAUUUACCUCCUGCUGUCCAACCUGGGUUUCCAGGAUCUUCCUGGUCUGUCGGUGGGAGAUCAUGUGACUCUGGGCAUCGUCAAGAGAUACCUGGACUUCAAGGUCUGCGAGGUUUGGAACGAGAUCAGGAGGGAACUGAGUCUGGACGGCGUGAAGCCGAUCACCUCUGACGAAAAAGCGCUGCACUCCAUUUCUAAGACGUUGACGGAAGCGGCGCAGAGCGUCAUGGUGGAGCAGAGCCGCGUCCUGGAGGAGCAGAAGCAGCAGGAGAUCCAGGAGGAAAUGCGCGUCUACACAGAGAUGAAAUCCCAUCGGACGCAGCAGGAACUCGCUGCCAAAUCCUGGGAGAAAUUGGUCGCCAGAACUUCAAAUUACAACAUCCUGAAGGAGGAAAAAGCUCAGAGGAAAAAACACCUGAAGUCCAAACUGAGGCCUAAAGAAGCUGUUGAUGAUCGACGUCAGAAGCAUUUCAUCACCCACAUCCUGGCAGUGAAGAAAACCGGUGAGCCGGGUCCUGCAGGGGUCGACGUGUCGCUCGCCAGAACCGUAAUCUGAGCCAAACGGACUGAAGAAGAGCCCAGAACUGACGGUACCAAGACUCCUGGUUCAACGCCAGACUCUUAUUCUCCAGCAGCUCUAAAUGCUCCUGCAGUUCUCUGAGGAUCAAAACCAAGAGAAUAACAUUUUCUGCAAUAAACCGCUUGCAUUUUCUGUGUGUGGCUGCUUCUGUAAGACAAUGAGCAGAAAAUACAGACGUGAUGUCACUCAGUCUGCACAGUCACUUCCUUAUAGUCUGGUCGAACACAUGGAGGCUUCACCAAGAUACUUCUGUGAUAAACACAAGUCUGCAAGGCUAAUUUAUGUUAACGAAGGUUGAAUCAAUCUUUUCCUUCAUUGAUGUCUGGAAGUUUGCAAAAAACAUUUAUAAUCAAAUCAGGUGGAGGAUGAAGUGCAUGAAAAUUCAUCUGAAUGACAUUUUACAGUUAAUUAAAUCAAUUAAUGAAGAAUUUGAAUUGUGCAUUUAAAAAUACUGAUUUAAAAACCCUUUUCCUGAACGUUAUUUAACUCUAGCAGUCUUGAUCUUGUUGGGAACUGGAUUGUUUGUUUUUCUGGUGCUUUUAUAUCUUCAUGUAUUUAAUGCUUUGUGAAUCCAGUGCAGAAAGCAAACGGAUUAAACUGCUGAGUGAAUUUACUCCCAGUUUCUGUCAUUGUUGAGGACGUUAAGCUGAAGGUUUAGUCCAACUCUCAAAAAAGACUCAACCAAGUGUGCUUUUAGCUUGUUCUGAAAUUUAUUUAGCCCUUUAUAAUAAUGUUUUUUACAUUAAAGUCUUGUCUUUAGAUCUGUUGUCAACAAUAACCUACAGUAAGAACUGUGUUAUGAAUUUUUACCAUGUAAUGAAAGCAGAGGCCUUAUGGAACCCCAGAAUAAUUCAAAACAAAAAUAAAAUCUGAACUUGUCCAGCAGCAGCUUCUCAUUAAAGUAAAGCUUAAAGAAGUUUUUUGCCCUAAAUUGGGAGAUUUUUCCAGUGUUUCAUGCUCAGUGUUUUCAGGUUACAUAAGUCACUGCAGUGCAUUAGCACAAAUGUUCCUUCAAGCGUGCAGCAAGCUGCACAGAGCCACUUUUCUCUCGCUGCUCCCAUCAUUACCGUCUGGACGGCCGAAUCAUCCAUGACGGACGGAGCGUUUUACGAAGCUUCAGACAAAAGAUCCGGGACAUGCAGGAGCCUCGUCAGCUCAGCCGGCCGUGAAGCGGAUCGCUGCUGCUGCUGCUUCUGGACCUCCAGAGGAUCAACUUAGUCCUGAAAACUCGGCAGGAGUGAUGUUCAGAUUGGGAAGGCUGACUCCAGGAUACUUCCGACUCCUCCAGAGGCAGAUGUCCGGCGAGGUUCGGGUCCAGCCGUACAGCAGCAUCAUGGAGCCUGUCGCCAUGACGAUGGCCACCCUGGGGAUGGGAGUGUCUCUGUACAGCGCCAGGCAGAUGGCGGCGAGUCGUGAGAAACGUCACUGAGGAGCUCUUUGGAAAUGUGACUGAAUGUCUUGGGAUGUCGGAGACGGUUCGUGUUUGAUUCUGAAGAGUUUCAGGUGUUUGGAAAAGGAGAAUUAAAGUUUGUGAAAAGGAAAAUGUGAAGCUUUGUCUGCAGGUGAGAUGAGGCGGUGAGUAAAAGACAUGAUCAGGGGUUUUCCUUUAAUGCAGUAUUAAUUUCAUUAGAAAAUUAGAAGAUUUUACAUGAAGUAAUUGUUAUUUUUGUAGUUCAACAAAAGGAUUAAUUGAUUUAUAUUUAUCACAAAUGUUUGUCACUAUUUCUCCCUCUUUAGUCAUUUGUUGUAUCAAAACUCUGCAGAAAUAACUUUAUGCACAAUGUCGUCUCACUUUAUCAGCCACAUAUUGAUAAACACUUGACACCUAUAUUAAAUAGAUUCCUGUA